AUGGGGUUUGCUGGUGCUGCAGCACUUUGUGACCACUGUACUUUCGAGAAUAAUGAUUUGUUGAAAGGCAAGUUCUUGGCAAAGCUGGACACAGACAGCAUCGUCAUGUUGCUCUUGAGGUUCUCCAUGGAUGGCUUCUUCGUGAACAUCCUCCAGGAUUCAUUUCCACAUGUGGGAGGUUCCCAGUCUCUGAGAAAGAUAGGGAUAUUUGAACUGAACAAAAUCAUCAACAACAAUCAGGCUAUUUCUGAAGAACUAGAGUUUUCAGGGUCAGCAAUGGAAAGUCUCCAAAGGAAUACUGCCCAACGUCCUAUGAAUGAAGAAGCCUGUAAAAGUGAGGGCCAGUUAUCAAGGCAGACAAAUUGUUCUCCACAGAAGAAAUCUUCUUUUGAGGAAACAGCAAUCAGAAAAGUGUCAAUGACCCUCAAGGAAAUUUUCACUAGGGAGAGAGGCCCUGAAUCCAGUGAAUUUAGUCUAAGCUCAAAGCUUAAUACACUGCAGAAAAUUCCAAAGGGAGCUAUGUCCCCCAUAUCUAGGAAAAACUCCAAAGAUAAUUCAGGCUUAAUUAAACACCAAAAACUCUUUCUGCAAAGGAAACCUUGUAAAUGCAAUGAAUGUGGUAAAGCCUUUAGUUACCAAUCAGACCUUAUUGUCCACAGUAGAAUUCAUGGUGGAGAAAAGCCUUUUGAAUGCAAUGAAUGUGGUAAACCUUUUAGCCGAAAAAAGCCUUACAAAUGUAAUGAAUGUGGGAAAGCCUUCAGUGACCAUUCAACCAUAAUUCAGCAUCAACGAAUACACACUGGAGAGAAUCCCUAUAAAUGCAGUGAAUGUGGAAAAGCUUUCAGUUGGAUCUCAUCUCUUAUUGAACAUCAGAGAACACACACUGGGGAGAACCCCUAUGAGUGCAGUGACUGUGGCAAGGUAUUCAGUCGGAGCUCAUCCCUUGUUGAACAUCAGAGAAUACACACUGGAGAAAAGCCCCACGAGUGUAGAGAGUGUGGAAAGGGCUUCAGUCGGAGCUCCUCCCUUAUUAUUCACCAGAGAACUCAUACCGGAGAGAAGCCUUAA